AUGUUUCGGGCUACUGUGUUUGAUAAAUUGCUGGAUAAAGCGACGAGUAAUCUACGCCUAGAUCCUGACUGGCCAUCUAUCUUACAAAUCUGUGAUUUAAUAAGACAGAAUGAUUGUUCACCUAAAUAUGCAGUUCCAGCAGUGAAAAAGAAGCUUUAUUCUCAGAACCCACACCAAGCAAUGUUUGCGCUCCUUACUCUCGAGAGCAUUGUUAAAAAUUGUGGGUCUGGAGUACAUGAUGAGGUGACAUCUAAAGUGUUUUGCGAAAUGCUCCGUGAUUUAGUUAAAACAACACAACAUGAAAAUUUAAAAAACAAAAUUCUUGAACUGAUACAAGCUUGGGCAUUUGCUUUUAGAAACAUCCCUAAAUAUAGAGCUGUGCAGGAUACAGUCAAUAUAUUGAAGGCUGAAGGUCAUAAAUUUCCACCAUUGAAAGAAUCUGAUGCAAUGUUCUCAGCUGACACAGCCCCUGAGUGGGCAGACGGUGAAGUCUGUCAUAGGUGUCGUGUAGCAUUCUCAUUGAUUGUCCGUCGUCACCAUUGCCGUGCCUGCGGUCAAGUGUUCUGCCAACAGUGCAGCUCUAAGACAUCGACUCUGCCAAAAUUUGGAAUUGAAAAAGAGGUGCGAGUGUGUGAUGCUUGCUUUGAUAAAGUGAGCAGACCACCAUCAUCUACUGCCAAGAUUGAAAUUAAUGACCCUUCAAGUGACUAUGGUCCAGCACCAGCUCCGCAGAAAAAGCCAGGUAAAACUGCUGAGGAGCUACAAGAGGAAGAGGAGUUGCAGCUAGCUCUUGCACUAAGUCAGUCUGAGGCGGAGCAGAAAGAGAAGGAGAAAGAGAGGCGAUCGCGUACCUUUAUAGCGCCAGAGCCGACCUCACAUCCUACAUUAUCUCCAUCGCCUUCAUCGGUAAGCCCAUCUCCAGAACACAGUACAACUGGGAAUUCAGAGUUGUCCCGCUAUCUGGAUAGAAACUAUUGGGAGCAGCGUCUAUCCAACACUGCCGCGCCAACCGCACCUUCGUCUCACGGCACCAAUGAUAAUAUUGAUGAUUUCGUAAAGCCUCCCACCGUUAAGACGCAAGAUGACGAACCCGAAGAUAAAGAAAUAGAUGAGUUUGUGGAGAAUCUCAAAUCGCAAGUCGAGAUAUUUGUCAAUCGUAUGAAGAGCAAUUCAUCGCGAGGACGAUCUAUUGCAAACGACUCGUCAGUACAGACUCUUUUCAUGAACAUAACCACGAUGCAUUCGAAGCUUUUGAAAUAUAUUCAACAGCAAGACGAUAAACGUGUUUAUUUGGAGAGCUUACAAGAUAAAAUAAGUCAAGUACGCGAUAGUCGCGCUGCAUUGGACACGUUACGAGCAGAACACGCAGCGCGACUCGCUCAAGCGGCUGAAGCGGCUGAACGACAGCGACAAAUGCAAAUGGCGACUAAAUUGCAGGCUAUGAGGAAGAAGAAACACGAGUAUCUGCAAUAUCAACGGCAGCUCGCCUUGCAACGAGUGCAAGAACAAGAGCGUGAAAUGCAAAUGCGCCAAGAGCAGCAAAAGCACCAAUACAGGAUGUCAAGCAGUGGUUUCUAUAUGCCCGGCAUGUCCAUGCAUCAGUUUCAGCCAGGGUUUCCUAACCAAAUGAUGUACAACCCUCAAUUCCAUCCUCAAAUGGCUCAGAGUGACAACUCAAAUCUCCCUGGCCAACCCCAAAUGUCCCAACCAAACAUGCCCAUGAAUGUCGGUCAAAUGGGAACCAUCUCUCAGUCUAUGCCCCAAAUGAGCAACACCUUCACAAUGUCGAACUCGGCAGCUACCUUGACACAGGUUCCCCCUGUCCAAGUCCCCAUGACCCAACCCAAUAUGCGCCCAAUGGGACAACAGCAUCCCAUGCAGCAGAUGAUGAUGCAGCAAAUGCAACAGAUGCGGCCACAACCUGGUAUGCAUCAAAUGAUGCCCAACGUCCCUCCAGGUCAAACUCAACCUAACCUUCCUAACCAAAUGCCUAAAAAUAUUCCUAACCAAUCACAACCCCCGAAUACCAUGAUGCCUCCCAUGACGAUGCCUCAACCGAAUAUGCCGCAUCAAAGCAAUGCUAAUAACAUGUACGGCAUGCAAAUGAACAUGAGAAUGCCCCAUACCCAAGGCAAUCAACUUAACAACAACCCGUCAAUAGCUGUCUCUGGAUAUCCGGUCAAUGCUCAAAAUCCACAAGUGUCUACUACGAUGCCUAAUAUGCCGCAGGGAGCGCAAAUGCCGGGACAGUCAUCUUUACCAGGACAUGGUCAACCAAUGAUGCCGGGCCAAAAUAUUCCCAUGCAGAAUCAGAUGCCACUAAACCAAAAUAUGCCCCAAUUACCUCCAAAUCAAGGACAAAUUCAACAACCUCAAAUAUCACAAUCCCAACCAAUGCCGGGUCAAACGCAUUUCCAAAAUCCACAUCUUAUGCAACCUCCGAAUAUGUCUCAACAAAACCCUCAGAUGAAUCCCGGUGCUCCAAUUGUACAAAAUAUGCCCAACCAAAGUGCGCAACAAAUUAACCCCAAUAACAUGGUGCCUUUAUCGGUGCCACAACAUUUGCACCCAUCACAAAUACCCCCACAAAGUAUGCAACAAGGACAACCAAUGGGCCCUCAGAAUCAACAACUGCCUCAAAACAUGCAGCAGCCUCCGAAUUUGCCUCAUAAUAUGCAACCACCACCGAACAUGCCACUUCAACAUAUGCAGCAACAACCUCCAAACAUGCCACCUCAAAAUAUGCAGCAGCAACCUCCAAAUAUGCAGCAGCAACCUCCAAACAUGCCACUUCAAAAUAUACAACAACAACCUCAAAAUAUGCAGCAACAACCUCCAAAUAUGGCACCUCAAAGUAUGCAGCAGCAACCUCAAAAUAUGCAGCAGCAACCUCAAAAUAUGCAACAGCAACCUCAAAAUAUGCAGCAGCAACCUUCAAAUGUUGCACCUCAAAAUAUGCAGCAACCUCUAAGUAUGCAACAGAUUCCAAAUAUGCCUCAUCAAAAUUUGCAGCAACCUCCAAGUAUGCAACAGCAUGCAAAUAUGCCUCAACAAAACAUGCAGCAGCCUAUGAAAAUGCAACAGAACUUUGGUAACAAUCCUCAAAAUCCACAAACUGUUGCAAAUCAAAGUCAACAAGUCCAAACAUUGAUGAACAAAUCGGAAAGUAAUAAUAACACUGCAGAACUUAUAAGUUUUGACUGA